AUGCCUGUCAACAAUCAUCUUAAAUCUACUGUCCUUGGCUUCUGCAAGUCCUUGUGCAGUGUUCUUUCUGCAACUGUAGUCAAUGACGACGACGACUUUGCUGCCAUGGUAACACCUUCCAACACAACUCUGAACAAGGCCUUUGGAAAGGCUGUGAACAAGAUGUCGGAAUCGCAAACUGGUCAAAUUCUAUCAGGAAUACUGAAACAUGAGCUCUGA